CACACACUCAUGCAUUCCUGGCAUUCUGUAAAUAUGAAUUCAUCUAAUUAUCAGAAGUUUGAAAGCUACAGUUUUGUGAAUGUCUAUAAAUAAAGCCUUUAUAGUUUCACAUUAUAUGAUGAGCUGAGGAUAUGAAAGCUGAAUGAUGUCAGUGAAGAGAUUAAACAGCCGUUUGUGGAGAACGCUUUACAAUAGAGCCGAGGAGAAAAGCACAGCAGGACACACACUCUCACAAUGACAUCACUGGAGUGUGUGUUCUAACACUGUUUGUCUAAGAUAACACCUUCAUGCCAGAUGCGCGUGACGUCAUGAGGAGGGCGGGGCCUUGGCUCUGGAACAGGAGCGCGAGCUCGACGCCGACAGCAGAAUGAAGUGGCCGACGAGGCGCGCGCAGUGCGAGCGUGUUACUGAUAUUCCUGAACUUUACGCGAAUAUUUUAACAUCUGAACUGGACGACAGGCAAACGAACAGGUGAGGAGUCCAGCUGAUGGAUGAGGAUGAGGAUGGUGUGUUUGGGAAGGGUCAUCAGCGCUGGCCUUCCUCUCGCCUGCAGAUAAAGCCUUCAGAGACAGCAGGGCGUCCCGCUCCAUCGCCCAACGGCAUGCUGGACUGGGGAGCGCGCCAGCCCAGACUCUACGGUAACGCAGGAUCGCUACUGCUCGCGCCGCCCGGUCGAUCUCAGCCCGCAGACGCGGUUCGCCGGGAGAACGAGCCGAUGGAUCCGCUCAGAGUCGAGACGCGCAUCGGACAGAAGCUCCAGCUGAUCGGAGAUCAGUUCUACCAGGAACACAUGACGCGUCACAGAAACCAAAGGCACCAGGAGCCCCUGUGGCGGCGUGUGGCGAACACGUUUUACACACUCCUGUUCGGGAGAGACGCCGACGCUCAGGACGGGAGGGCCAAUCGGUGAAACAAAACCUGCCAUCCGUGUCCCAGUCCACCUCACGGAGCGGGACGUCCAACGGCACUGUCUGGUAUCUAACACGGGUUUUGAGGGGGAGAAAACGAAGACUGAGAAGAUCCUCCGCAGGACGGGGGCGGUUUUUAUGGCAACCUCUUUUCCCCCGACGAAGAUGCCAUGAUGUUCUUGAGAUUCUAACAGGAAUAUUUUCAUAAACACAUUGAGGUAUUUUGUACAGUGUGCUGUUCGUGUUUGCACUUCCGUACGUGUAUUUGAAUGAGCUCCACGAGUCUUGGGAACGCCUUACCGUCCCACGCCACCGCCGAAGGGAACAGGUGAAGAUUCGGAUACUUUUCCUUCAGAAAUCUCCCAGGACGUCACCUACAAAUCUCCAAAGAGGCCGUUUCUCUGAAAAAAAAAAAAAAAAGCUUUUUGCACCUCAAAUUUCUUGGUGUUUUGAUGUUCUAUUUACUUUUUUUUAUCUCACCAUUGUUGAGAUUUUUUUUUAAUUGUUCUUCCUGUUUUUAAAUACUUACGUCCUUGUGUUUGUCGAGCAACCGAAGAGGUUUUGAUGAAGUCAAUGAUGAGUUGAUGUACUGCUGUUUUUCUCUUUUUUUAAUUUCAUUUCAUUCAGUUCUUGGCAUCAGGCUCGUCAACAAUCAUCCGGUAAUAUGGAUUGGGAAAUAUCGUGUUUCAUCGUCUACGCAAGACUUCGGGUGAAAACUGUUUUACAAUAAGGUUUUAUUUGUUAACACUGCGUAAACUAAAAAUGAUUAGUACUUUUUAAUCUCAACAUUUACUAAAGAUUGCUAGUUGUACGGUAGUUGAUGCACUGUGAACUAAUAUGAACAUUAAUAAAUGCGUUAGAAAAAAAUUAGACUUAAAAAAGUAAAUGUUCGUGCUGCCAAGUUCAGUCAACUCAAAUAUCCAAGUUGUCACUCAGUACUUCACAUAUUAAUUUGAACUUAAACUUUAAAGUUUUAAGUUGAAUAAACACAUAUUGUUAAUUGU